AUGGUUGGGUAUUUGAUCAUUUUGAAUGGAAACAUUCUAAUCAUUAUUUUAAUUUUAACAAGCACCAAUCUUCAUACACCUAUGUAUUUCUUUCUUUCAAACCUUUCUUUUCUGGAUCUCUGUUUUUCAACCUCAAUCAUUCCAAGGAUGCUGAGAGAUUUGGUUUCAGAAAAGAAGACAAUCGCUUACGCAGAAUGUGCAACACAGCUUUAUAUGUCUCUCGCCUUAGGUCAAACUGAGUGUAUUCUGCUGUCCAUAAUGGCAUAUGAUCGUUAUGUAGCUAUAUGUUUUCCAUUACACUACACUACCAUCAUGAAUAAAAUGAUUUGUGUCAGAAUAGCUGCUAUCACAUGGAUGUGUGGAUUCCUUAUUCCUAUUUCACAAGUGGCUUUUACUCUUAAUGUAAAUCUCUGUGGAAAAAAUAAAAUAAACCAUUUUCUAUGUGAAGUACCAGAAAUCUUAUCUAUGUCAUGUGAAAACACCAUUUUCAUUGAAGGAAUUACGUAUGUAGUUGGUGUGAUUAUUCUUAUGACACCUGUUACAUUUAUUGUAGUGUCAUAUGCUAAAAUUAUCAUAAGCAUCCUUAAAAUUGCAUCAUCGGUUGGAAGGAGGAAAGCCUUUUCAACAUGUGGAUCUCAUAUGAUAGUUGUAACAAUAUUUUAUGGUUCAGCAAUAGCUGCCUAUAUGAAGCCUAGUUCAAUACCAGGAACAGAUAAAGUGAUUGCCAUCUUUUAUGUAAUUGUACCUCCAAUGUUAAACCCAAUCAUUUAUACUCUUAGAAAUAAUGAGAUUAAAGUGGCAUUUAUGAAAUUUAGAAAUAGAUAUUUUUUUGCUAAUGAAAGAGGGAAGGCAUCCAUAAACUCUACAUAA